UGUUGAUUUUGAUUUGAAAAUGUCAAAGUGACGUCAAAAUGUCAAAUUUCAAUAUCAUCUUAUCAACAAAAGUUUAUAAAUAAGGGGGUGUGGUGGUGGUGUCAAUAAAAUUUACAAAUGGAACCUAUAAAUAUACACAAGUUUGCUCCAGAAUUGCAUAGAAAGUAUUUGUCAUUUAUUUUAAAUGGAAAAAUGCCGUCUUCACAAAGCACCAUGGACACCAACAGAUCAAUCCUUAUGUAUUUUGCUGUAUCUGGUUUAGAUAUACUCGGAGAAAUAGAAAAUAUUCCUAAGGAACGAAUAAAGUCAAUUAUCGAUUGGAUAUAUUCCUUACAGGUGGUCAAUAAUGAAGAUUUAGUUAGUGGAUUUCAAGGAUCAACUACUUUAAAUACUUUAGAAAAUAAAAACCAAGGUAGUAAUUACAAAUGGUCUCAUAUAGCCAAUACAUAUGCAUGUCUAUCAACACUUUUAAUACUAGGAGAUGAUUUGGGAAGAGUUAAUCGACAAGCCAUUUUAGAUAGUUUGAAAACAUUACAACUGCCUGAUGGAUCUUUCAAGGGAGCAAAAGAAGGAGUAGAGAAUGACAUGAGGUUUGUUUAUUGUGCAGCUUGUAUUUGUCAUAUAUUGGACGACUGGAGUGCUGUGAAAGUAGAAGCAAUGGUAGAAUUCAUUCUUAACAGCAUAUCCUAUGAUGGAGGUAUAGGCCAAGGUCCAGACCUAGAAUCCCAUUCUGGCUCAACUUUCUGUGCUAUUGCCACUCUAGCAUUAAGCAACAAUUUAGAUAGGUUAACUAAAGCACAGUUUGUAGCGUUAAGAAGAUGGUUGUUGUAUAGAUUCGAUGGAGGUUUUAAUGGAAGACCUAAUAAGCCAAUAGACACUUGCUACUCGUUUUGGACAGGAGGAUCACUAAAUAUCUUAGAUGCUUAUGAAUUUAUUCAUAACAAAAAUAACCCUCAGUUUGUUCUAAUGACACAAGACAGACAUGGAGGUUUUUCAAAAUGGGGACACGUUGUACCUGAUCCUAUGCACACAUACCUUGGCUUAGCUGGACUAAGUUUGAUGGGAUUUGGUGGAUUAAAUGAAAUGAAUUGUGAAUUAAAUAUAACCAAAAGAACAUCCGAACAUCUUAAAAAUAUUCAAUGACAUACACAAUAAAUAAAUAUAGUUUAAAAAA